AUGAUAUUUUCGAGGGACGAAGCUGUCGCCCUUGCGGCAGGAGCCUCGACCGGCAUCAUAGCAGACAUCAGCCUCUUUCCUCUAGAUUUUCUAAAGACUCACGCCCAAGGUAAUAAUGUCCCACCAGUGUCAGCAGCAGCAGCCCCGGCAGGCCCUGCUCCACCGGCGUCAUCCCAAGCGCCUGUUGCUGCAGCUGCUUCUGUAGCAACAGGAUCUCCCCCUAGUAGCAGAGUGACUUUCGCAGCUCCCUCGAGUUCCGGGGGCGAACCUACGUGCUCCUAUACUGUUGUGAGUUCGCACAAAAUUGGGAGGUCUCCAGCAGGUGUGCGAUAUCGGGGGAGGCUUAACGGCCUACGCAGCUGCUACGGCGGCAUUGCAGCUCUGGCUAUGGGCAGCAUGCCCUCUUCUGCUGGUUUCUUUGUGGUAUAUGAGGUGGUGAAGGAGAAACUGAAGCACUCGAACACCGACGUGCCGCUGGCAUCAACACACAUAGCAGCCGCAGCCGUCGCGGAGUCCAGCGCCUGCGUCAUUCGUGAUUUUGCUGCAUUCAUGUCGAUAAGGUCUUUAAGUAAGAAGUGGGAAAAUGCUGCGCUCAUGAGGGUUCGCAAUCCGUUUGAGGUGGUGAAGCAGCAGGUGCAGUUGGGGCUGCACGCAUCAACUGCUAAAGGAUUUUCCGCUGUCUGGCGGCUGGAGGGACCCCGCGGCUUCUUCGUGGGGCUGGGCACUUCCAUGCUGCGAGAUGUUCCAUUUGCUGCAAUGCAGCUUUCUUUGUGGGAGUGGCUCAAGCUAAAGACAUUAGGGGAAAGCCCUUCACCAACAAGCUUUACAGCAGCGGUCUCCGGAGCAGCAGGAAUGGUAGCAGGAGCUGUAGCUGCCGUUGCGACAACUCCUAUGGAUGUCGUGAAAACGCGCCUUAUGACGCAAUCUCCAGGAACGCGUCAAUACAGGGGCUUUUUUCACUGCUUGGGCAUAAUGCUUCGUCAGGAGGGUCUGAGGUCUUUGUUUUUGGGGGUGCAGAUGAGGUGUCUGUGGGUGGCGCUGGGGGGUGGCAUUUUCCUUGGCGGAUACGACGCAUUCAGCGGCUAUUACCGCCGCCUUUUUGAGCGGAAUCACCUUUUUUAUGAGUCGCAGUGUUGCAGCAGCUGCAGUGAAAACUGCAUCACCAACAGAAGCUAUAACAAACUCACUAAUAAUGGAUCUGGUUGUGGUUGA